AUGGACACAGCGAUACAGAGUAAUAUUGCAAACCAUAUAUAUAUGAUUGAGGAUAGUUAUGUAGAUGAGAGAAUCAAAAGAAUUGAAAGGACUACCAAUUGGAACGCUGAUCAUUAUCUUGCUUUGCGACUACAUCUAUUGAGACAGAAAGCAACCGAUUCAAAGUUAAUCGUUAGAGACGAUGGAGACAGAAGGGAUGACUAUCUUAAUAUCCGAUUCAAUCUCCUUGAAUCAAAGUAUAGAAAGGCCGAGAAUGGUCAAGCAAAGAAGAAUAAGAGAACCAUAAAUACAAUAUCACCUGUGUCGACUCCUCCAAAGACAUCGAUGUCAACUACUACGACGACGACGACAACAACUACUACAACAACACCACCGAAACAAGCGCAAACACCAUCACCAAUAGCGACACCACCAUCUACUCCUUCGAAACCAACGACAUCCACUACUACGACGACGACGACAUCAAGUCCAUCAGUUAUGUCACCAACAAAGAGUACAACAGCGAACACAUUGCCUUUAAACGACUUCUCAUUCUCUGGCAUUCAUCAUAUAUUUGACAAUCACAAGAAGGCUUUGUCCAGGAUCAGAUACGCCAACAAUGACAAAGAGUUGUUGGCCUUCUCCUCGGACGACACCACCAUCUCACUCUGCAAGUCAAUGUCAAACCCAUCCAUACUCUCCAUUCUCAAAGGCCACAAUGCACCAAUCAUCGACUUUGUAUGGAUGGCCAGCAAUGAAUACUUGACAUCUAUAUCACUGGACUCUAGCAUGAUUGUUUGGAGUGUAAAGUCAUUCAAGGCGGAUCGUGUUGUCAAGGAUGCAGGAAUCUGUAACUGCAUAUGUACCAAUCCAUCAAAGAACAACUUGGUGUUUGUCGCGGACAACAAACAUCUGAUCAAGACCUAUGACCUUGCCUCUGGAAAAUGGGUUGGCAAGUGCAAGACCGCCUCAAUAGUCUCAUCAAUGCAGUUUGAAUCACGAGGAAACUACUUGUUCGUUGGAGAUGACAUUGGAUACCUCUAUAUUUAUAAGUUCGAGAAGGAUAUCUUGACACCAGUGUCAAAGGUACAGGUGUCCAAGUCAAAGAUAACAUCGACCCAAUUACAGUAUUGGCAACUUGGACAGAAGUUGUCAUUGUCAAUCCUUAUCAACUCUGUGGACAAUGUGAUGCGAGUGAUCAGUGUGACCAACUUGCAAGCUGGUACAGUAUCCGUGGUCAAGGAGUAUGCAGUCAAUAUCAAGACAUCAGUACCAUCUCAGAUUGUUAGGAGUGAGUUUUGUCCAUCACUCAAGGGACGUGAUGGCCUGUUCUGUGUCAGUGGAACAUCAGAUGGUGCCAUCAGCAUCUACGAUUGUCUAAGCAAAUCCAAGUCGCCAAUCAAUCACCUCGUGGGCCAUGCCUCGCCCGUGGUCGACAUCGACUGGAACGCCGACGAAUCCCUCUUGUCCAGUGCCGACGCGUCUGGAGUUGUAAUCAUCUGGAACAGGAAGGCCAACAUCAGCAAG